AGGGCUUCAAGCUGGGCAAAGCACACUGAUCUGCCUUUUACAGAGAGAACUGUGUGCGGUGAGGAGCUAAGCCUUCAGUGUUCCCUUCCUUACCCAGGUUACUCACAAAAUGGAUUCCCAGAGGGAACUCGCAGAGGAACUGCGGCUUUACCAAUCCACCCUUCUUCAGGAUGGUCUAAAAGAUCUCCUGGAUGAGAAAAAAUUCAUCGAUUGCACCCUAAAAGCAGGUGACAAAAGCCUUCCUUGCCACAGACUGAUUUUGUCAGCUUGUAGUCCUUACUUCCGUGAGUAUUUUUUAUCUGAAAUUGAUGAGGCGAAAAAAAAGGAGGUAGUACUAGAUAACGUGGAUCCUGCUGUACUGGAUUUAAUCAUCAAGUACCUCUACUCUGCCAGUAUUGAUCUCAACGAUGGAAACGUGCAAGAUAUUUUUGCAUUGGCCAGCCGCUUUCAGAUCCCCUCGGUGUUCACUGUCUGUGUUUCUUACCUUCAGAAAAGACUUGCUCCUGGUAACUGUCUAGCCAUCCUAAGAUUAGGACUUCUUCUUGACUGCCCAAGACUCGCCAUCUCUGCCCGUGAAUUUGUGUCUGAUCGCUUUGUACAGAUUUGUAAGGAAGAGGACUUUAUGCAGCUGUCUCCCCAGGAACUGAUCUCAGUCAUUUCAAAUGACAGCCUAAAUGUAGAAAAGGAAGAAGCAGUAUUUGAGGCAGUGAUGAAAUGGGUGCGAACAGACAAAGAAAACAGGGUUAAAAACCUCAGUGAAGUGUUUGAUUGUAUCCGUUUUCGCCUUAUGACAGAAAAAUAUUUUAAAGAUCAUGUUGAGAAAGAUGACAUCAUUAAAAGCAACCCAGAGCUCCAGAAGAAAAUCAAAGUUCUCAAAGAUGCCUUCGCAGGCAAACUCCCAGAGUCUAGCAAAAAUACAGAGAAGGCCGGGGCAGGUGAGGUGAAUGGAGAUGUCGGUGAUGAAGAUUUACUUCCUGGUUACCUAAAUGACAUUCCCAGGCAUGGGAUGUUUGUCAAAGACCUCAUCCUCUUGGUUAAUGACACAGCAGCAGUGGCUUAUGAUCCCACAGAAAAUGAAUGCUACCUUACUGCGCUGGCUGAACAGAUUCCCAGAAAUCAUUCCAGCAUCGUGACCCAACAAAAUCAGGUAUAUGUGGUAGGAGGACUAUAUGUGGAUGAAGAAAAUAAGGAUCAACCUCUACAGUCAUAUUUCUUCCAGCUUGAUAAUGUAGCAUCUGAGUGGGUUGGACUUCCACCUCUACCUUCAGCAAGGUGUCUCUUCGGUCUGGGAGAGGUGGAUGACAAAAUCUAUGUAGUUGCCGGCAAAGACCUUCAAACAGAGGCUUCGCUGGAUUCAGUGUUAUGCUAUGAUCCUGUUGCCUAUUUGGUAUCGCCACUUACCGUAUUUGCCGGCNUGAUAUACUGUCUAGGAGGAAAGACAGAUGACAAAAAGUGCACAAACAGGGUGUUUAUCUACAACCCCAAAAAAGGAGACUGGAAAGACAUGGCUCCAAUGAAAACCCCUCGUUCGAUGUUUGGAGUGGCAAUCCAUAAAGGCAAAAUUGUGGUUGCAGGCGGUGUCACUGAAGAUGGGCUUUCAGCGUCAGUUGAAGUUUUUGACCUCACAACCAAUAAAUGGGAGGUAAUGACCGAAUUUCCGCAAGAAAGAAGUUCCAUCAGUUUGGUCAGUCUGGCUGGAUCCCUGUACGCCAUUGGUGGUUUUGCCAUGAUUCAACUAGAGUCUAAAGAGUUUGCACCCACUGAAGUCAAUGACAUAUGGAAGUAAGUUUUUUCAUUCCAAUUUUCUGAACCAAAUAUAAAAUCAGAUUAGCUACUUCUUGGUGAUAGACUAAAAUACUCUUUGAACCUUAAAUGAACUUUUGCACAUGCCACUUACUUGAUCAGAGAGGUACUGCUUCUAAUUAGCUCUGAGCUUGGGAAAGAACUUCUCUGGGUCUGUUUCUUAAUUAGUAAAAUGAGAACUGUACUGUUCACCCUUUAAGCUCCAUUUCAGCUCUGAAAGUGUCAUGCUCUAGGUAGAGCAAAGGCUACUUCCAAACCACUUACCUUUCUGCCAGAGUACUUUAUUUCCUAA